AUGAAAGACCUCGGGCCUCUACACUACUUCCUCGGGAUCGCCGUCACUCGCACCGCGGAUGGCUUCUUCCUCUCCCAGAGCAAGUACGCCGACGAACUACUCGAGCGCGCCAACAUGCAGGGCUGUAAGCCGGCGCCCACGCCGGUCGACACGCGCGCCAAGCUGUCCGCCAGUGAUGGUGCCCUCAUCUCCGACGCCUCCGAGUACCGCAACAUCGUCGGCGCACUCCAGUACAUGACCAUGACUCGGCCAGACAUCACCUACGCCGUCCAACAGUGUUGUCUGGUGAUGCAUGAUCUCCGCGACGUCCACCGUGCGCCGGCCAAGCGCAUCCUGCACUACCUAUGCGACACUUCAUCACAUGGGCUCCAUCUCCGACGGUCCGGCUCCCUCGACCUCGUCGCCUACUCUGACGCGGACUGGGCUGGCUGCCCAGACACGUGUCGGUCGACGUCCGGCUACGCUGUGUACCUCGACGACUCGCUUGUAUCAUGGUCAUCCAAACGACAGGCGACGGUGUCUCGCUCGAGCGCCGAGGCAGAAUACUGCGCGGUUGCAAACGCAGUUGCUGAGAGCUGCUGGAUCCGUCAACUUCUUGGCGAGCUCGUUGUACCUCUACCUCGCGCCAGCGUCAUCUUCUGCGACAACAUCUCGUCCGUCUACAUGGCGGCCAACCCCGUCCACCAUCGCCGGACCAAGCACAUCGAGCUCGACAUCCACUUUGUGCGCGAGAAAGUGGCAUUGGGCGAGCUGCGCGUUCUCCACGUGCCAACCUCCAACAGUUCGCCGACGUGCUCACCAAAGGACUGCCCAUGGAUCCUACCAUCAUCAUCUAUGCCCCGUUACGAGCGGGACGACGUGGCACCGUCUUAUGCCGACGACUGCGCGUCGGGUAUGUCCAUCGCCCAGCGCUGGUUCUUGGCGAAAGAGAGGUGCACGGUCCUGGCCAUCCGGAGCUGCGUGGAGUGGGAGCCCGAGACCUUCCCGCUGGUGGAGGCACUCCUCGGCAAGCCGGUCGUGCCCCUGGGCCUCCUGCCGCCGUCGGCCGACGGCGGCAGGCGCCGCGCGGCCGGAUCGUCAGAGGACCACGUCACGCUACGCUGGCUAGAAGAGCAGCCGCCCGACUCCGUCGUGUACAUCGCGCUGGGGAGCGAGGUGCCGCUGAGCGUUGAGCAGGUGCACGAGCUGGCCCUGGGGCUGGAGCUCGCCGGGACACGCUUCCUCUGGGCUCUGCGGAAGCCCGCCGGCGCCGUCCUCGACAACGACGACGCCCUGCCCCCCGGUUUCCAGGACCGCACCCGCGGCCAUGGGGUGGUGACCAUGGGAUGGGUGCCCCAGAUCAGCAUCCUGGCGCACGCCGCCGUGGGCGCGUUCCUGACGCACUGCGGCCGGAACUCGCUCAUCGAAGGGCUUCUGUUCGGGCACCCUCUCGUCAUGCUGCCCAUCUUCAGUGACCAGGGCCCGAAUGCCCGCCAAAUGGAGGCGAAGAAGGUAGGGUUGCAGGUGGCGAGGGACGACGACGACGGGUCGUUCGACCGCCAUGGCGUUGCGGCCGCGGUCCGGACCGUCAUGCUGGACGGAGAAGCCAGGAGGGGAUUUGUGGCGGGUGCCCUCAAGAUGCAGGCGAUCGUGGCCGACAAGGAACGCCAUGAGAGAUACAUCGACGAAUUUGUUCAACAACUCAGAUCGUAUCUGCCAACUGACGAUCUCACUACUGCCACCCCCAACUCCAGCUGAGACUGAGAGAGCCUGCACGAAUAAGAUGUGAGUACGCCAGGAUUAGGUGCCUCCGAAAUUGUGCUGAAUAUUUCUCGGGUGCGUCGACGAGUUGUCCAUAACAGUACAGUUAGGGCAUCUGACCCGGUAACCCUCCAUCCGGACGUGUUUGUCAUUCAACGUUGUCAUGCAUCCAUCCGUUUCGCAGUCUGGACAACCUUUUUCCUAAGGUGACGGGUGUCCGGUUUGUUGCCACUCCCGUG